UACGUCUUUAUUAUUAUCUGAUGCAAUGGGCAUUUCAUGGAGGGCAUUGGCAACGCAGUGUGGACGGGCGCGCUGCUCGUGUUGCUAGCACUGGUUGCGAAGCUAUGGCGAUCGAUCGUCACCAGGUUCUGGCUGGAGCCAAGAUCGCUCGACGCAAGGAUUCGAAGCCAGGGUAUCCAGGGGCCGCCAAGGACUUUCAUCGCAGGCAACAUGCUCCAGGUGAUGACGAUGAGAGACACUGGCAAGGAGCGGGACAUGGAAGGACGACGUUGUGAAGCAUGUGUUGCUGGAUUACCACCAGUGGAAAGAGGUAUUGCUACUGGUGGGCGACGGAGCCCAGGAUCAAGCCCGAGCUCAUCAGAGAAGUUCUAUGCCGGAGAGCGAUACAAUGUCAUGGAAUGUGAUAUGCCCGGCGGCGGAGGAGGCCAAAGCUCUAUACGAGAGAAUACCCGAGAAAGACCUCGUCUCGUCCACCUCGAUGCUCCAAUCUCUCGCCCACGAGCAUCGAGUUCCAGGCUACCACAUCGAGCUCCGGCAUGCGCAGAAAGAACUUCCACGCGUAUUCACACGCUCCAAGCAAGAACGUCGUGCUGGAUCAUCCCUUCAAACAUCUCUCGUGCUUCUACCUUUCUCGAGGCGAGGAUGAAAGCUUGUAGCAUUGAGUUGGAGCUGCUCAAACAGCUCCCUCGAUUCCUCCAAGAGCCCCAUCUCCGAGCAAGCCCCAUUCUCCGAGCAAGGAAUCAUGGCAUUCCAAACAACGAUGCUUCGCCGUGGCAUUGUGGUGAGAUAUGCCUGGCCUUGUGGAUUUGCCCGGUCUGGUGCAUACGCAGCGAUCAUCAUGGUGUAGGAGGCCUCGUCGUGAUCAGGCAUGAAAUUCCGGAAGAAUGCCACUGCCUCUUCGAUCCUGCGACGUAAAACGUACCCUUUUGGAGCAUCGAAUUCCAUUCUGUUGUGUCCCAGCGCAUUGCUUGCAAUUGCCAGAUUCAUACGCCUGGUUCAAAAUCGUCCAUGCGACGGCAUUGUGCUCAGCCAUCACCGAAUCGAAGAUCCUUCGCGCGUCGGCCACAAACCUUGCCUGCGCUAGAGCAUGAAGCGAGAGACGACAUUCCAUUCCGGAAUCCCGUGCAGGAAGAGAUCCAUCGCGGCCGUCCGCGCGUAUCCAUCGAUCAUCACCGUCCACGUGGCGAGAGAAGAGCGUUUGCUGGAGCAGGCGGCCAUGGAACUCUUCUCCGGCAUUGGCAUCGAAAAUCUCUUAGUGCCCGUUUUGGGCAUAGGCCUGGAUCAUCGCGUUCCAUGUUACGGCAUUCUUCCGAGGCAUCCAUUGGAAGAUCCCUCGCGCCUCUCGCAACGCGCUCUGCCCCAAUCCAGUGAUCAUCGUCGUCAUUCUUGGUAGCUUCCUCGCGUCGGCGAUUUGGCUGUGCUGGGCAUACGUCGUGAUCAUCGAGUUCUCUUUCCUUGCAUCGAGUCGAAGAUCUGGCGAGCGGACUGGAUGUCGCCAUUCUGUGCGUAUGCCGAGAGGAGGAUGUCGCGAGAAAAUAGAUUGAGCUGCUUGAUCUGAUCGAAAACCAGGCGAGCUUCACGCAAUCUCCCACACGUCCCAUACAUUUGUAUGAGGAGAUUCGCAAGAAAAGUGUUCUGCUUGCUGUGGCGGAUCCGACUAGCCUGAGCUUGUCGGCCUCUGUUAAAAGCGUUGCUCUUGGUGGUCUUGCUGCUCUUGGCAGUCGAGAGGACCAAAAGCCGAGUAGAUCUUCUUGUUGCUAAGUGGACGUCGAACAAGUGUUGGUUCUU